UGUUAACGAUAGUCUAUACUCUACCAGUCUAUAUACAUUCUGUAACAUUCUACCUGUAGUACCUUUAUCAGGCUCUUAAUUUCUUUCUUUUUUUCUUCUUUCUUUUUUUUCUCUUUCUUUUUUCCCCUCCUUUUUCUCUCUUUUUCUUUGUCUCCCCUAUCCUCCAUUUUGCCAACUGGUCAUGCUGGUACAUGAAUUCGCCGACUGCCAUGAAUAAUGGGGGGGGGGGGGGGGAGGGGUCACACCCCAUACCCCCCCUUGCUACUGGCCCAUGCAUUAUUUUCUUUGUAAUAGUUGAUGCUGGAUACGCUAUAGUGUAUAAAGUACAUGCUAUAGGCCCUUUCCAGUUGGGUUCACCUUAACAAUAAAAGAUUUCAAACACCGCUUUCUUAUUUUGUCUCAUUCUUUGUAAUGUCCUUCCAUGCUCUACACCGAUUCGGUUUGGAUGCUGUACUUUAUGGUAAUUUUUAACUAUAGGAUUUAAGCAAGGAGACAUUGUAUGGAAUGACAUAGAAUCGCACAUGUUGAGGUGAUCUGAAGUCGGAUUUCUAUAUAGAGAAUGAUCAUUAAGCUCAAUCUGGCAUUGCCUAUGCACAUGAUCGGAACGAUCACUAGUAAAAUUCUCGCCGUGAAGCAACAAAGUAUCUCGGAGUCAGACUCUUUAUGGUUUUGCAAAAUUAUUUAAACUAGCGAUCCUGAAGAACUCCAGUUCCGAAAACCUCGCAGAAAUAUUUUUGGGGAACAAAAAACAAGGCUGUAAGAAAGGAAUCGCAUCUUGAAACUUGUCAGAAAUGAGAUGGAAACCUGUUCGAUUUUCAGGAAUUCAAGCGCCCUUAAAACGGUGUUGGCUUUGUUUCUUCAGACGUGUCAUUUCUUAGGAACUGUGAAGUGCAUUGGGGUUUAUCUACCGGACCUGAAGCGGACAUUAGGACUAUCGUCAACUGAUAUUGGUCUUGCUAUUGGAUUAUUCGAAGCACUUUCAUUCGCUCCAGGUCCAGUAAUUGCGUACAUCUAUCGAAGAACCCAUGGCGUGUUCCGGCGAUGUCUUUUGGUGACAGGUGCAAUAUUUGCAGCAGGAGGACUCCUUCUGGUAUCCAUUGUAACAAAUGGUAAAGAACUGGCUGUCUGCCUUUCGAUUGCAGGUCUUGGUUCGAGCUUUCUGUCAAUUUCAUUGAUAAUCAUUCUGAGCGAUCAGUCUGGAGAGGCCUUUGCAGUCUUCUACGGCAUUGGUAAAUCAGGUUACGCUUUCGGGAUAGCUCUAGUUCCCCUGACUGCAGACUACCUGAUGGAAAUUUAUGGAUGGAGAGGGUCCUUGAUGAUUAUUGGAGGUAUCAUGGCGCACCUUAUACCUUUCGUCUUGAUGGUGGAUCUUAAUGUAGAGGGCGUCGUGCAUCACGAAGAUGGAUACUUCAACAGCGACGAUAAAGAAUCCGUAGACCAGUUAGAUAGGCCCGAAAAAGAAGCGCUUAUUUGCACAGCAAGUAUUCAUGAAGAGACGUCCAAUAACGGGGAAGAAGUAACGCCUAAAGAAUCAACCACUGGUGAACGAAUCACGGGCGUGCCUAACGUGCUUGAUAUUUUAGAUAAAGGAUAUAAGGGAAGACGUCUGAAACAAUGUUCUGAAAUUUAUGCAAGUGGAUGUCGAAUCUUAACGGACUCCAUCUACAAUCAAGACCGCUGGAUGAUCCUUCUCAUGUUGAUCACACUUGUAUUCUAUAUGGUAGACGCUGGUUGGUAUGCAUAUCUAAUCCCACGCGCAAUUGCUCUUGGUCUACCUACAUACCAGGUUCUGUGCCUUCCUUACGCUGCGGCGGUUGGAGCAUUCAUAGGCCGAUUUUUAGGCGGCUUCCUCGAGAAAUCUAAGCUCUUAACUGGCCAGAGCUGGUUUCUAUUCUUAACCUUACUUAACAUCUUAUCACUUCUGUGGGAUAUUUUCGCUCCAAAAUUUGCUUUCAUGAUUGUGACUUCAUUCAUUUCGGCAUUCACGAUUGCCGAACGAAACCUUCUGCUGUUGGUCAUUUGUAAGGACAGAGCUCCUCGGUCACAGUUCCCGAUGAUUCUGGCUUCUUAUGAGAUUUUUUGUGGAAUUGGGCUCUUCCUCGGAUCCUUGUUAUGUGGAUAUGUCGCAGAUGUGAGGGGAUCUUUCAACGCUUCAUAUAUGUUUAUCGCAGGGGUAGAAAUCUUUGUAUUCUGUCUCAUGAUUCCAUCAAUAAUUGCCGAGAAGUUGAAGGAGCCCACUGCGAACUAUUAAACGAGAACCCCACAGAUACUUCACAAAGGUGUAUAGUGGGGUAUACAUUUCAGGGUCAUCAAAAAGAAGAAUAGGAAAGCCGGCUGGAUAAAGCAUAAAGCAAUAACAGCUGUGCUGAUGUUGUGACAUUGAAAUAUCACAUAAUGACAAUAUUGCACCUUACCACAUAACUAAAUUAUUAAACCGCUACAAUUUCAUUAAACUUUGCCAACAUCCUUGGGCGAUCGUCAGGGGUAGAUUCACCAUACGAUUGUCAGGGGUAGAUUCACCAUACGAUCGUCAGUGGUAGAUUCACCAUACGAUCGUCAGGGGUAGAUUCACUAGACGAUCGUCAGUGGUAGAUUCACUAGACGAUCGUCAGGGGUAGAUGCACCAUACGAUCGUCAGGGUAGAUCCACAAAAAGAUCGUCAGGGGCAGAUCCACAAGACGAUCGUCAGGUGUAGAUCCACAAGACGAUCGUCAGGGGUGUGGAUCCACAAGACGAUCUUCAGGGGUAGAUCCACAAGACGAUCGUUAGGGGUAGAUUCACCGGCUCGGUGUAAAAAUGGCAGAGGUAAAAAUGGCAUGGGUAAUAAUGGCAAAGG